CUUCACCCAGCGGCCUCCCACGAAGCCUUCCGAGCGCACCAGAGACCCGGGGAGCAUCGCCCGGCCGAGGCCUGCGCUGCUCGUGCGGACCGGGAAGCGGCCUAGCGAAGGCGGCCGGGCCUGCAGUAGGAGCGGAGGGCGGCCGCCGCGAAGCGCUGGUGACGCUUUGAAGCUGUGGGAGGCGAAGCGAGCGGCCAUGGCCGCCUGCAGGGGGGUGGAGCGCGGGGCGGGCAAGUGCGAGAGGUGGGCUCGUCUCCCGGACGACGUAACCCCUCGGCCGCUUCGCAAGAGCUCCUCUCCGCUUUGAAAUAACUGCGCUGGCUGAACCCUCGUUCUGGUCGGGGAGUGAUUUUCCAACAGCCGCGAAACGUAGUUCAAGGUCUGUGAGUUUAUAACUCCCAAGCAUGAUAUUACACAUUUCAGUGGAAUACAAAAGAACCUCUGAUUUUCUUUUGUCCUAAUUUUUGGUUGUGAAAGAAGAUACUAAUUAAAGGACUUGGAAACGGACAUUUCAAAUACUGGGAGAGCUUUAGCAUCUGUGCCAGUGGGAUAUUUGAUUAAGACAUGAACUGUAGCCUGUAUUUCAAAGGUCACUCUCCUUCUAUUGAAAGUCUUCUCAAAACCAUGUUUUAUAUACUAAACCAUCAACAUGGAGGUUGUAAAAAUUUGGACUAUUCUGUUGGCUGUUCUUUGUGCUUUUUAUCAAAGAGCUUCACCAUGUGGCUUAUCAACACAUCUUGAAAUAGCUCACAGAGCUCUGGAGUUUUUCAAUGCACAAAAAGGAAAUGUUGAUUACCAGAAGUUGCUACUAACCCACCAAGAUGCUUUUCAGGCUGGCAGUAUUUAUCCUGAUGCCUUUUAUUCUGGUAUCUGCAAACAUGGGUUAUUUCAUCAAGUAUCUGAAGACACACAUUGGGCACCUUUUCUCAAUACCAGUAUCCAUUACAUCAGAAAGAACUAUCCACAACCUUGGGAUGAGGCUGCAGAGAAAUUGGUGGCUUUCCUUUUCGGAAUCACUUCUCACAUGGUGGCCGACGUGAGCUGGCAUAGUUUGGGGAUUGAGCAAGGAUUUCUACGGGCCAUGGCAGCGAUCGAUUUUCAUGGAUCCUAUUCAGAAGCUCACAGUGCUGGUGAUUUUGGAGGAGAUGUAUUGAGCCAAUACGAACUUGAUUUUAACUAUUUGGAUUCAAACUGGUAUAUACCCGUGAAAGAUUUAAUGUCAAUCUAUGAAGAAUUUUAUGGCCAAAAAAAAAUAACCGAAGACGCCAUUAUUGAAUGUACAUAUCUACAGUUUCUUGAAUUGUGCGGUGAAAUUCUCAGUGUUGCCAAGCUUUACCCUAUCUAUGCCCACAAAUCCCCAUUUUUGGUGGACAAAUUCCAUGAGUAUUUUCUCGGUGGUGUGGAUGAUAUGGCAUUCUCAUCAAAUAAUAUUUUUGAGCUAACAAGCCAAAUGUUAACACAUGGGACCAGCGACUGCUUUAUUCCUGAGAACCCUUUGUAUAUACGGUGCAAACAUGAGCCCAGAAAUACGAUCAUCAAACCAAAACAACUGACAACUGAGCAUCAUAAAAACAUAUCUUCUUUGGUGGCAGAAUCAGCUGAAAGGAAUAUGCACUAUACAAAGAGGGGCGUUUCUUUUGACAUGCCCCCUUUAAUCACGAGUUAUCUUCAGUUCCAGAAUGGUGGCUGUACUAAGAAUUGUAGGAAACUGUUUGCUGAGGCAUUGUUUUCUAAGUACAUCAACCAGCCCUGCGCUUCGUAUUUUCUGACAACUCCAUAUGCUAGACUUGGAUGGGCAAUGACCUCAGCUGACCUAAACCAGGAUGGAUACGAUGAUCUUGUCAUUGGAGCACCAGGAUACAGUAAAUCCGGACGGAUUCAAAUAGGACGUGUAUAUGUUGUUUAUAGUAAUAAUUCAGGUUUGCCUUGUGCAGACUUGAACUUGGAUCAGGAAGCAAAUGAAAUACUGGAAGGGACAAAGCUUUCAGGAAGGUUUGGUUCUGCAUUAGCAGUCCUGGACUUCAAUGAGGAUGGUGUAAUGGAUCUUGCAGUGGGAGCUCCAUCUGUUGGAUCUCAGGAGCUUACUUAUAAGGGUUCUGUCUAUAUAUUUUUUGGAUCCGUAGGAAGGAAAGGUUUUUACAGCCUGCCAAACAUAACCAUAGUUUGCCAAGAAAUAUACUGCAACCUCGGCUGGUCAUUGCUGGUGGCUGAUAUUGAUGAAGAUGGAAAUAAUGACCUACUGGUUGGCUCUCCUUAUGCACCUGGUGGUGGAAAACAGAGAGGAUUUGUGGUUGGGUUUUACUCAUUUUUCAACAGAAGCAGCCAAGGUGUGCUUUCCGUAUUGGAUGCUGACUGGAUGGCGAAAGGAGACCGAGAUUAUGCCUGGUUUGGAUCUUCACUCAGCAGCGUCCAGCUUCAGAAUAUGACCUUGUUGCUUAUUGGCAGUCCUUCCUGGAAAAGCUGCACCGGUCUAGGUUGCUAUUUUUCACAGGCUACCAAGCAGGCUGUUGGGAGGGUGUAUGGCUACAUCCUACCACACUCACGCAGCUGGUUUACCUUAACUGGAGAUAAAGACAUGGGGAAACUGGGCUCCUCCUUGGCAACAGGUUUCAUGUCUGUUGAAGGAAUCCCUAGGCACGUGUUGGUAAUUGGUGCACCAACACAAGACAGUACAUCUCACUUUGCAUUUAUAACCUCAACGGUACAUCAAGGGGGAACUGUGCUGAUAUAUGACCUGACAGACAGCACCAGGCCACUUCUUCUCAGCACUUUCAACGGGGACAGGAGAUUCUCACGGUUUGGAGAAGAUGUGCAUCUAAGGGACCUGGAUGGUGAUGGAUUUGAUGAGAUCAUUACAGCGUCACCUCUUCGAACAGAAGGCAUUGUGGAUGGAAUGUUUGGAAGACAUUCUGAACGUGUUUAUAUAUUUAGUGGAAACCAGACCACUUCGGGGAAUGUGACUGACCACUGCAAGUCAUGGACCUCCCCUUGUCCUGAAGACUGGGCAAAAUAUGUGUUAAUUUCACCUGAGAGAAGAUCAAGAUUUGGAAGUGCUGUGGUUACGGUAAAAUCUGGACAAAAGAAUGCAGUUGUAGUAGCUGCUGAAAGAAGUUCAGUAAAAGCCCGACUUAGUGGAAGACUUUUUAUCUACCCUUUUUAAAUGAUCACUGUUCUCUAUCAAGUGUGCUUUUCAGUGAACUAUCCAACAGAAUUAUUUCUGCUUUUUUAAAACUAAACUAGCUGAAAACUGCGGAUCAUUAUAAUAUCAUUAAGAAUAUGAACAGCACUAACCUUUUCAAUUAAUAAAAGCUGAGGACAUCUCUGAAAGUUA